UCAUUUCGUACAAAUAGACAAAUCAUAAUUGUGUGGAAAGAAAAAGAAACUGCAUUCCCAGAAUUAUGUGGAAAGCAAUCCAAUAAAGACAUUGUCUGUUUAUAAUAUUCAGUUUUGCUUCAUAACUCAAAAUUCCCAAAUUUUCAAAUGCUGCAAAACUCAUAUGGCUACUCUCUUCCACUUUCCCAAAGUAUUCUUUUCUCCUCUCCCGACUUCUCUCUGCUGCACAGGUCAUCAUUACCUUCUUGUUUACCGUUCAAAACCUGCAAUUUGUGCUUCAAUUAAAAAACCCAGUGCAAGCCGGAAGGUGAAAAGCAAUGUUGAUCUCUGCAACGACAUCAGGGAAUUUUUAUCUUCUGUUGGACUUCCCGAGGAUCAUGUACCCACCAUGAAGGAGCUGUCACAGCACGGAAGGUGUGAUUUGAAUGCCAUUUAUGUUCUUGAUUUCAUUUUCCAGUUUUGUUUCAUUUUGCAGCUUUAAGGUAAAUUCGUACUGUUAAAGGAUUUGAAGCUAUUUGCUAAAAGAUGUAUGUGUACAUGAAUGGACUUAAUUCAUGCCAAAUAUCUAACUAAAGGUUAGCAGUGAAAAAGAACUUC